AAUUCUGGUCUCUUUAUUAGUUCCUGGAAUAGGACAGUCAUAUGCUGGAAAUGGCUUAAUGAAGAUGCUCUUUUGCAACCCCUUAAGCUACAGACAAAAGGCUGUUAAAUAUUUGAUGUGUGCCUGUCUCCACUGAAUGCUGACAGUCUGCUGGGGUCAAUCGAGACACCAGAUCUCUCCUUAAAAAGUGUGUGAAAUUGGCCUGUGUGAGCUGUGUAAUCAGCAAGUUUUAGUAAUGGGAAGAGCAGGUUGGGGGAGAAGUAGUGUGUUAGACGUUGAGAAUCAUUGUGACCGUUAAAAUGCCAAACGGUAUGAAUUUGCCUUGCCACUAACAAUAAUGGGUUUGUUGCUGUGACAAACAACCCAUUGAAUAAUUCAAUGUUCAUUUGAAAAUGCAUGCUUGACUUUGGUUCUUGGUUUUUGUUCUACACAGGUUAAGCCUGCAUAAAACAUGGUUUCUCAGUUGGAAAAUGCAAUGGAAGGCCUUAUAAAGGUGUUCCAUAAAUACUCUUCCAGAGAGGGGGACAAAUACAAGCUGAGUAAAGCUGAGCUGAAGUGUCUACUGCAGGGAGAACUGGGUGACUUCUUAGCAGCAAGCAAAGAUCCAUUGGUUGUGGAGAAGAUAAUGGCUGAUCUGGAUGAGAACAGAGAUGGAGAGGUGGACUUCCAGGAGUUUGUGGUGCUAGUGGCAGCCCUUACUGUGGCAUGUAACGAAUUCUUUGUUGAGAGUAUGAAAAACUAGCAUGUCGCUUCAGGUUCUCUUUCAAAUUGUUACAGUAGCUCAUUAAUGGUGACAUUUUUUGAUAACCUGUCUGAAAAUGGUGAGAAUGUAGCUGUGCUGACAUUAAAAUGCUAAAAAUGUUAAGUUCACUUUUACUGCAUCUUCCAUUAAAACACUACACUUUUGUCACCUUGAACAUUUCUCACCUUGAACUUGUUUUAAAUGUAGCAAAGAAAAAAAAAAAAAAAAAAAAAA